AUGAAAUCGUGCGGAGUGUCGCUCACCGCCGCUGCCUCCGCCGCUGCCCGGAGUCUCGGCGUUGCUGGUAAUGACGAGGAGAAAAUGGCGUCGGGAAAAGCGACCGAAAUCGAAGAGGACUUUCCGAAGCUAACGGCGCAAGAGAAAGAGAGCCUGGUCGGAAUUGACAGUUCACUGUUUGGAUUUCAUGGGCUUCAAGAAGAUGGCGCCAGAACGAAGGCCUUGCUGUUAAAGGCCGUUAGCUGCUACGAUGCCCUCAUCCUGAAAGCCGAAGGGAAAGUUGAUCCUGACGUUUUCUGCCAGCUCGGCCACUUCAACCUCCUGCUGGAGGAAUAUCCAAAAGCAUUAUCUGCAUACCAGAGGUACUUCAGUUUACAGCCGGACUACUGGAAGAACGCCGCCUUCUUAUACGGCCUAGGAAUGGUUUACUUCUAUUACAACGCAUUUCAGUGGGCAAUCAAGGCUUUCCAGGAGGUGCUUUACAUUGACCCCGGUUUCUCAAGAGCAAAAGAGAUUCAUCUGAGACUGGCCCUCAUGUUUAAAGUCAACACGGACUACGAGUCAAGCUUAAAGCAUUUUCAGCUGGCAUUGAUCGACUCCAACCUCUGCACUUUGUCCAAGGCUGAGAUUCAGUUCCACAUCGCGCAUUUGUAUGAAAUCCAGAAGAAAUACAGAGCAGCCAAAGAGGCGUACGAGAGUCUGCUGCAGACGGAGAGUCUCCCGGCCCAGGUGAAGGCGACCACACUGCAACAACUGGGCUGGAUGCAUCACACCGUGGAGCAGCUCGGGGAUAAAGACACCAAGGACAGCUAUGCCAUCCAGUGUCUGCAGAAGUCUCUAGAAGCAGAUCCAAACUCGGGCCAGUCAUGGUACCUUCUCGGCAGGUGCUACUCCAGCAUUGGGAAGGUGCAGGAUGCCUUUAUCUCCUACCGCCAGUCCAUCGAUAAGUCGGAGGCUAGUGCCGACACCUGGUGCUCCAUAGGCGUGCUGUACCAGCAGCAGAACCAGCCUAUGGAUGCGCUGCAGGCCUACAUCUGCGCCGUCCAGCUGGACCACAGCCACGCCGCCGCCUGGAUGGACCUGGGCACCCUCUACGAGUCCUGCGGCCAGCUGCACGACGCCAUGAAGUGCUACAUCAACGCCACGCGCAGCAAGGCCUGUCUCAACACGGCCGCCCUCACCCAGCGCAUCAAGCUGCUGCAGGCUCAGUUGUGUAACCUACACCCAGGUAGUCUGCAGAAUAAGAGUAAAAUGCUUCCUAGUAUUGAGGAGGCAUGGAGCCUUCCCAUUCCUGCUGAGCUCACGUCCAGGCAAGGGGCCUUGAACACUGCACAGGCACAGCAGGCCUGCAAGGGGGAGGGAGGCCAGCCUGCCAGCAACCACACGGACCCACAGGCCAGUCCUGCCAAGAAGAAACGCACUGCCAGCCCAGCUAAGGGUGCUGCAGAGUCGUGGGCCAACAGCCCCAAUCAGCAGCAAAUCCCCAGCUGGUAUCUAACACCACAGAAGCUUCAGCACCUGGAUCACUUGCGGACCAACCGAGCAAACCUCAAGCCCCCUCAGUUGCAGAUGCUCGAACAGCUGGAGAACCAGUUCUCCCUCAUGCAGCAACAUCAGCAGCAGAUGAGGCAGCAGGCAGCAGCGGGUGGCCAGCCCCGGCCCGGCCUUCCCAACGGGCCCCUGGCCGAGCCGUCUCACCGCCACGCCGGCCUCCCCCACGGCUCCCCCCUCAACCACCACCACGCCGCCGCCGCCCGGCCGCCGUGCGGCCCCCAGCCCACCGCCAACGGUUCCUGCUCGUCGAGCCCUUCCGCGGGGCUGCCGGGACACCCGGAGAAAAACCACAGCGCGGGACUGGGAGGCGGCGGCGGCGUUGGCGGCCCGAGCAACGGAAACGUGCCUUACCCGCAGCAGAACUCUCUACCUCAACCCUGCACAGCCGCCAGCCACCCCAGCACCAGCAGCACUACCAGCAGCCCCCGCCACGCCGACGAGGCGUGGAGGAGCCAGCAGCGCAACACUACCACUCAGGGGCUUCAAAAAGAUCCAGGUUCUCAUUCGGCCGGUCCCAAUGGAGAACCCCCUUUCUCUUCCUCCUCCUCCCCCCAGACCUCCUUCUCCUCCUCCGGCAUUCUGAAUCAGGUCGGACACUGCUCCGGGCCCUGCACCGCCUCCUCCUCCGCCUCCUCGCUGUCCCCCACCUCCCCCCAGACCACGCCCAACCACCUGUCCUCACCCCCCCACGCCGCUACUACUACCUCAGGGGUCCACACCAAAGACACCAUGCCUUCAGGGGGCAAAGGCGCCGCCGCCGCUUUGCCACCGGGUCCGUCGGCCGCCGCCAGGCCGCCCGGAGGGACGGCGCACAGUCCCGGCUCCGCCCCCGCGCAGGGAUUGGCUAAUCACAUCCAGCCGCGGGCGGCGGUGGACGGCUCGGCCGGCCCCUCCCAGCCCGGCUCCCCCGCCCCCAGCGCGCUCAGUUCAGACAAUCCUCAACUCUCAGCCUUGCUAAAGGGAAAAGCCAACAACAACGACGACAACAACAACCACAACAGCUUCGGGAACCACGGAGGGUCCCCCCCGGCGAAAGCGAACCACGUCCACCCGGCUCUCCACGGGGCCCCGAAGCCCCCGUCGGAGCACUCGGCGGCGUCCUCGCCGCUCUCGGCCCACGCCACGCCCUCCCCGCGCCCGGCGGAGCCUCACGCCGCCAACAGCCUCUCCUGCCUUAACAGCCCCUCCCACCCCAACAGCCAGGGCCCCGCCCUCAACGGGAAGGGGCCCGGGGACUCGCCCAGCCCUCUGAAGGCGGAGCCCCCCGGGGGGCCCCGCAAACACGCGGGCCCCGGCGCCCUGACGCCCUGGUCCUCGGUCUCCAUCUACCCCAGCUCCGGCGACGUCCUCAAAGCCUGCAGGAACCUGGGGAAGAACGGCCUGUCGACCAGCAGCAUCCUCCUGGACAGAUGCCCCCCGCCGCGGCCCCCCGGUCCUCCCUCUCCUGCACUGCCAAAGGACAAGCUCAACCCCCCGACGCCCAGUAUUUAUCUCGAAAACAAAAGGGACGCUUUCUUCCCUCCCCUCCAUCAGUUCUGCACCAACCCCGCCAACCCGGUCACCGUCAUCAGGGGACUGGCCGGAGCGCUCAAACUGGACUUGGGCCUGUUCUCCACCAAGACGCUGGUGGAGGCCAACCCCGACCACCUGGUGGAGGUGCGCACGCAGCUGGCCCAGCCCACCGACGAGAACUGGGACCCCAGCGGGAGCCGCAAGAUGUGGCGCUGCGAGAGCAGCCGCUCGCACACCACCAUCGUCAAGUACGCCCAGUACCAGGCCUCGUCCUUCCAGGAGUCCCUGCGGGAGGAGAGCGAGAGAAAAAAAGAGGUGGAGGCCGAGGCGGGCUCCUCAGACAGCGCGAUGCGGCGGCGGAAAGGGCCCUUCAGGCACAUCAAGUUCGGCACCAACAUCGACCUCUCCGACGAGAAAAAGUGGAAGCAGCAGCUCCAGGAGCUGACCAAGCUGCCCGCCUUCGCCCGGGUGGUGUCCGCCGGCAACCUGCUGAGCCACGUGGGCCACACCAUCCUGGGCAUGAACACCGUCCAGCUGUACAUGAAGGUGCCGGGCAGCAGGACUCCGGGUCACCAAGAGAACAACAACUUCUGCUCGGUGAACAUCAACAUCGGCCCCGGGGACUGCGAGUGGUUCGCCGUGCCCGAGCUGUACUGGGGCGUCAUCAACGACUUCUGCGAAAGGAACAACAUCAACUUCCUGAUGGGCUCGUGGUGGCCCAACCUGGAGGACCUGUACGAGACCAACGUGCCCGUCUACCGCUUCAUCCAGCGCCCGGGGGACCUGGUGUGGCUCAACACGGGCACCAUCCACUGGGUGCAGGCCAUCGGCUGGUGCAACAACAUCGCCUGGAACGUGGGGCCCCUCACGGCGUACCAGUACAAGCUGGCGGUGGAGCGCUACGAGUGGAACAAGCUGCAGAGCGUCAAAUCCAUCGUCCCCAUGAUCCACCUGUCCUGGAACAUGGCCCGGAACAUCAAAGUGUCGGACCACAAGCUCUUCGAGAUGAUCAAGUACUGCCUGCUGCGGACCCUGAAGCAGUGCCAGACGCAGAGGGAGACGCUGCUGGCCGGCGGGAAGGAGCUGGUGUGGCACGGGCGGACGCACAACGAGCCGGCGCACUACUGCAGCAUCUGUGAAGCGAGUCCCCUGCCUUCCUCCUCUUGA